AUACAAGGGCAAAAUUUUUAAUAGUCCUGAAGGACGUGAUGUGUAUGGAGGGGUUCGAAUUGACUACAAAGGGUUAGAUGUAACUCCAGAAAAUUUUAUGGCAGUUCUGCUAGGAGAUAAAGAAAAAACUGGAGGCAAACGAGUGCUGGAAAGCACAAAAAACGACAAAGUUUUUAUUUUUUUCUCUGAUCACGGUGCUACUGGAUUCAUUAAUUUUCCCGCUGAUAUUGUUUGUUUUUUAUUUUUUUAA